AUGCUCGGUUGGCCGGUACUGUUUUUGUGCUUCGUUGGGCUGCUGCUGGUUCUGCUCGAUUGGAAAUGGAAGGCGUACGAAAGGGUUACGGGUCCGAAACGUUGGCCGAUUAUCGGGAAUGUUGUUACGUUUCUGGGUGCCAGUCCUGUCGAUAUAUUUGCACAGCUUAUCGCAUUCGGUAAGAGGUACGGGAAGGUGUACAAGCUGGACUUCUUUUACGAUUACAGUAUCGUUUAUUCGUCCCCCGAGGCCGCUGAGGCCAUCGCAACGUCACCCGCAUUCGCCGCUAAAUCCCAGGACUAUGAUAAGGUUUCGGAAUGGAUCGGAAACGGGCUGCUGGUGUCGAAGGGCCAGAAAUGGUUCAUGAGACGGAAAGUCAUCACGCCCGGGUUUCACUUUAAAAUAUUGGACAACUUUGCUCCGACCUUCAACCGGCAGGCCGAGGCGUUUUGUCAGAAGCUGGAGCCUGUGUCCGGCAGUACUGCGGAAGCAAUCGAUAUCUUUCCACGGUUGAAACUGCUCACGCUCGGCGUGAUUUGUGAAACGGCUAUGGGCGUGGACAGUACGGAAGAUGCAUCGCAGCAAGCGUAUUACACCCGCAUUGUGGAGGAGCUGAGCUCGAUUCUCUACUGGCGUAUGUUCAAUGUGUUCAUGAACAUCGACGUUCUGUUCCGGUUGACCGCCACCGGCCGUAGGUUCGAUGAGCUGGUUAAGCAAUCGUGGAAUUUUACGCUAAACAUGAUCGAAAAACGGCGUCAGAUUAACAAAGGCACCCAACCGGCAAUGGUCAGCGAGGAUGAGACAUUCGGGAAGCGAAAGCGCGCCCUAUUGGACACGCUGCUGGAUGCGCGCAUCGACGGGAAACCGCUCAAAGAUGAGGAAAUUCGUGAAGAGGUCGAUACGUUCACAUUUGCCGGCCACGACACGACGGCAUCGGCCAUGACGUUCCUGUUGUACAACGUGGCUAAGCAUCCAGACGUUCAGGACAAACUGUACGAAGAGAUCCUAAGCGAAGUUGGUCCAGACUUUACGGAGCUUUCGUUAAGCACCCUCAACAACCUUCAUUAUAUGGAUUUGGUCCUCAAGGAAUCACUUCGAUUGUUCCCACCGGUACCGUUUAUAGCACGCAUUGCCACCGAGGACACGGACUUACGCGCGGAACGGAUAAACCGCGGAACCAGCGUGGUGGUAGACAUCUUUUCGAUGCACCGCAGUGCAGACUAUUUCCGCGACCCGGAGCGCUUCGCUCCCCUCCGUUUCGAGACGGUGCGCGACUCGGAUGUCUUCAACCCGUACACCUACAUUCCGUUUAGCGCGGGUAGUCGCAAUUGCAUAGGACAGAAGUUUGCGCAGUAUGAGCUGAAGACAGCGCUCGUCAAGAUACUGCAAAAGUUCAACGUACAGCUGCCCCGCGCGGACUAUGUACCGACGCUGAAGGCAGAAAUUGUGCUGAAACCUGCGGAGGGACUGCCAUUGAAGUUUGUGAGCAGAAAAUGCGCUUAAAACUUGCCGAUCCAUGAGCCAGAAACAGGAUAAAACAAUUCCGAUACAGGGUAACAGGGAUGAUGGGUAACAUUUUGUAAAGUGGACACAAAUAAUUCGAUAAAGUAGCGUUACAACUCUCUAUUGUUUAUCGAUCCACCACCGAUGUUCAAAUCGUACCGUGAAGUUGCUCGUUACACUGUUCACAAAAACAUUUCACUUCAGCUGGGUUGCUUGACGUGGAGUGAAUUGGAGGUGCAUACCGUUUACGGGUUUCAACACAAUUUCCAACUUUAAUUUAGGCUCAAAAUCCGGAUCGGGUAACUCCACUUUGCACUGGCGCAGCACGGACGC